AUGCCUAGGUUUCUGCUAUGUGCAUUAUUCAUUAGUGCAAUUCUUUUGACAUGUAACACAUUCACAAAUGGCAUAGAAGCUAUUACAACAAUCUAUGUGGGUACGUCACAAAGUAUCCAAGCAGCCAUCAAUUCUGUUCCUUCAAACAACAAGGAUUGGAUUUGCAUCUCCGUCGCAGCUGGAGUUUACAAGGAAAAGGUUGUAAUUCCAGCAGACAAGCCAUUUAUUUAUUUGAAAGGAGCAGGAAAGGAUAAAACUAGUGUUGUAUGGAGCGAUUCCUCUGGUACAAUCUUUGAUAUGCCAACUUUUAGUUCCAUAGCGGACAAUAUUUUUGUACAAGGCAUCACUUUUGUGAAUGGUUACAAUUAUCCGCCAAAACCGGGCAUGAACAUUAAGGUGGCGGUGGCAGCGAGGAUCUCAGGUGACCAAUCAGCCUUCUACGAGUGUGGUUUCUCGGGGUAUCAGGACACAUUAUUGGACGAUAAGGGUAGACAUUACUUCAAGCUUUGCACCAUUGAAGGAGCUGUGGAUUUCAUCUUCGGAGAUGGUCAAUCGAUUUACGAGAAAUGUGACAUAUCAGUGAAUAUUGGAGAAGUAAACCCUGCUGGAACUGGUUACAUAGUUGCACAAGCAAGAAAGAACAAAGAUGAAACUAGUGGAUUUGUGUUAAAAGAGUGCAAUGUUUAUGGAAAAGGACGUGCCUUCCUCGGUAGACCAUGGUACCCUUAUUCAAGAGUCAUCUACUACGCUUCCUCUCUCUCAAACAUAAUCGUUCCCGAAGGAUGGCAACUUUGGACUGCUGACGAGCCUACGAGCGAUAUAGCUGUUUCUGAGGAAAAAUGCACAGGACCAGGAUCAGACAAGUCCAAGCGCGUAGCGUGGGAGAAAACCCUAACACAAGAAGAAGUGAAAUAUUUUACUAGCAUAUCUUACAUCGACAAUGUGGGGUGGAUUGGUAGGCUGCCAAUUAAAAUUUGA